AAGCAUUACUCUAAUACUUCAGUGUUCUCGUUGUUGUUGAACAUUGAUUCACAGUGGCGAUGACGAGGAAUCCAAUGUCAAAUUAGGUCAGUGAAAAUUUUCAAUUCGGAGAAAAAAAAGAAAAAAAAAAAAAUUGAAACCAGUCAUGCCGCACUCGUGAGCUGCAAGAGCCUCCUAAUUCUUCAUCACUGAAAAGUAGUGAAGGCUUUGAUAUUUGUUAUUGGAUUUGGUGGAGGCAAAAUUGUAUCUCUGUAAUGGCGACUCUGCCGGCGAAUUACGUCACUCUCCUCCAGCUGAAGGAGCGGUACCUGAAGGAGAAGGAAGAGCAGGAACGGAGGGAGAAGGAGGAGGAGGAGCGAGCGCAGAAGGAGAAGGAAGAGGAGGAGGAGGAGCUCCGGCGGCAGAAGCUGAAAGAAGAGGAGGCGAAAUUGCGGAAGCCAGACGGCGUCGUUGUGGUUAGGAAUAGGGGGAGGUUUGAUCGGAGGGAGGUUCGGCAGGUGGUUGAUCGGAGGGAGUUUCGGCCGGUGGUUGAUCGGAGAGAGUUUCCGCCGGUGGUUGAUCGGAAUGUUUCGGAGUGCGAGGGCGGGGAGAUAGAGGGGAAGAGCGAGGAGCCGGAGGAGGAGAAGAAAUGGAAGAAGAAGAAGAAGAAAUGGGGGAAGAGGAGGAAGAAUGUUAGGGCAGAGAAGGAGGAGGUGGGUAGUGAGAAGGAAGGUAUAGCAGUUCCGGUGGUUAUAGAGAGUGGCGAGAAGGCAAGUGAUAGUGUGAGAAGAAAUGGAGGAGAAAGGAGGAGAGCUGGUGGUGUUGAGUUUAGGGCAAGGAGCAAGAAUGUGGAGGAGAUUCAACCGAAAUUUAGGAAUUUGAAGAUAGCUGGUGAGACUGAAAUUUCGGGUGAUACGUUGAGGAGGCCGAAUAGCAGCAAUGCAGGUGCGAAAGAUGAGAUUGAGCCGAAAGUUAGUGGCUUCGGCGUGAAUGGUGAGACCGAGAGAAGGAAUGGUAGGUGGAGGAGGCCAAAUUACAGGAAUGUGGGAGCCAAGGAAGAGAUUGAACAGGAAGGUAAGGACUUCAGGAUGAAUGGCGAGACUGAAAGAGGAAAUGAUAGGUGGAGGAGGCCAAAUCGCAGGAAUGGGCGUUCUAGGGAGGAGAUUGAGCCAAAAGUGAGGGACUUUGAGAUGAAUGGUGAGACUGAAAGAGGGAGUGAUAGGCUGAUGGGGGCAAAUAUGGAGGUGAGUGAGCCAAAAGUUAAGGAUGUAAGGAAGGAUGGUGAGACUGAAAGAGAGGAUAGGCUAAAGGGGCCGAAUAGUGAGGAGGAGAGUGAACCAAAAGUCAGAGAAUUAACAAUGACUGGUGAGAUUGGAGGAGGGAGAGAUAGACUGUGGAGGCCGAAGGGCAAGAAUGUGGGUGGGAAGGAUGAGACUGGGCCGAAAGUUAUGGACCCAUUGGUGAAGGCUGAUAGUGAAAGAGGGGAUGAAAGGUUCAGGAGGCCAAGUUGGUCUGAUUACCGUGGUAAUAGAAAACCUUGGGGUUACAAGAAAGAACAGUGGGUUGGUCUGGCUUGGGUUAAGAAGGGAGAGGUUUCUGAUGGCAAUGCUGCUGGAGUUCAAAGCUCGGAGCAUUCUAUCUCUGGUUCAACUAGAGCGUCUUUGAAUGCAAAUCCCCUGAAAUCGGGCGGCCCUAGGAGAGUGAUCCAAUAGGCGGGAAGUGAAAUAAAUGGCAACUGAAAUUGUUAUGGUAAUGCAAGUGUCUGUAGUUGGAUUUAUUCUGGAUGGAUCUAAUCACUAUUCAGGUACUUUCACUUG